AUGGUGCAGCUGUGUCUGUCCCCUUAUGAGGAUGUCACCACCUCUACUUGCCCAGAGGAGGGCAGUGAAAGGCAGGAAGACCCCAUGAUGGCUGCUAACCCAAAAGUGGAGCUGAACACCUUGCAGCUCAACCUGGAGGUCUCCACAGUCUACAAUGGCUAUGAAGCCUACAUAGAAGAUGGCCUCAUCUGCCUUAAACACAAAGUCCGCAACUUGGAGAAAAAAAAGCUGAAACUGGAAGACUACAGGAAAAGGCUGACCAGGAGUGAGGAACUAAACAAAGAUCAACUGGCGGCUGUGGAAAAGUAUCAGGAGGUGUUGCAUAAUCUGGAUUUCGCUCAGGAGCUACAAAAAACCCUGGAUGACUUGACUCAGAGUUUGCUGAGAGCCCAGAAGAAGGCAGUGAAAAAGGAGCAGGUGGAAAAGGUGGAGGUGGAGAGGAGGCGUCUGGGAACAGUGCUACAGAUUCAGAAUCUUCUCCACAGCCUGCAACAUGAGCAUAUUAGGAGAGACUUGCUGGGUGGACACAAUCGGGCACCCCACAUCUCAGCCCAGCAGCUGUGCAGCCUAGGUCAGCUUGCCACCCAGCUGGGAGUGAAAAGGAAUAACCAACUGAAUUUAGGGGAGCAGAUGGAACAGGCAUCUGUGGUGUUCUUGGACUUGUUGGAAGGGACAGACAAGCCAGUUGCUGGAUCCACAUUUAAGCUGUUGAAAGAGGAGCUCAACAGGCUGUUAAAUUGCAAAUACUUCAGUUGUCUUCUACCCAACAAGACUCCUGAGAUUUCUGUUUGUGUGACUGCAAAUUAUACCUCAAAAUCCAGACUUUACCUGACUGACAUGGAGUCUCUUUCCACUCAGAACUGGAGGGAGGAUUUUGAGGCCAUAAGAAAAAGGGAGCCUCUUGACAACUGGGAUAUGGAGUGCCCAGUCCACAAACCAUGGAGAGGAGCAGCUACUUAUAUCUACAAAGUCCCCACCAAGAAACGAUCUGACUGCAAACAGAAAAAAGAGAGGAAAGCCAAAGGAGAGCAAAAUGCCAAGUUGGCAGUACACAUGAACAUGCCCGUGGUAGUUUUUAACUCUCGGUCUACCUUACCCAAAGACCCAAUCCUGAGGAAGCAGCAAAUGGAGGACUUCAUGACAAAGAUCCAUGGCUCCUUCAGUUUCAUGCAGGACUCUGUCUUUGAUAGUGAGAGCCCCUCCAAUAAUGGCCACCCUGGACUGAAGAGACAGUCAUCUGGAUUGCCCUCUCCUCUGGUCGUUAAGACAGACUUUAGAAGCCCAGCUGAUGUCCUGCACAAAGCAUUUCAUUCCACCCCACUGCCUACUAGGCUUACGGAGCACAAGGCUGGAGAUCAGAGCCUGGAGUCCAGUAACCUGGAGCUUUCCGCAAAGGACGCACCUCAUGAGCCACUUCAGUUGGCUGAUAAAAAGGCAUUUCCCUCACCGCCACUGUACCGCAGGGAGUCCAGCAUUUCUGUAUGCCUGAAUGAGAGGAGCCAUCCUCUUCUCAGCACAUUACAUAAGCAUUGUCCAUGCAAUGGGGUGGGAUCUUGCACCCCUACCAGCCCUCAAGGACAGACUUUCUCUACACCCCCCAACAGGAGAACUCUCCCCACUGCACAAUUUCAGGACAUCCAUUCAGUCUUCAAGGUGAAUACAUCCUCUCCCCACAAUGGGGAACUGAACUACAAACCAGAGUCUGAAGUUUUCUCUGAGUGCAGUUACAGUACUGCCAGUACACAAACCCCACCUGAGUUUGCUCCCUCAGAAGAGGAACCACAGCCCAUAUACCAGUCAGAUUACACUGUGGGAAAUGAUGUGCAGAUGUUAAUGUCCCCUGGACGCUCAGGAGGAAGCAUGUGUCGACCUGGUCACUCAUACUACAUAAGAGGAUCGGUGAGAGGACGAUCUUACAUUCCCCAUGCUCAUCUCAGGGAUUCUGGUCCUGUCCGCUAUGCUGUAAGGGACCCUGGAUACCAAAACAAAAAUGAAGGAGGGAGGCAUAACUGCAGUGCAGCAUGGAGUGAUAGUUCCCUGUUGAGUAGCCCAGACCGGGAGGGAUCCUUCACCAUUGUUGACCCUGGGCUAGGUAACUCAUUGUCAGUCUCCAAUGUGGAGGUCUCACUAACUCCCCACAGCCAACACCACCCUGCAAUGUUACCAAUGCAACUCUACCCACUCUCCCAGCCUCUGCAAGUGGCCUUCACUGCCUCUCGCACUGACAACUUUGCCCCGUGUAAUCUGGACCAACCUAUUGUGUUUGACCAGCUACACAGCAAUCUGGGCGAGAUGUACGACAACCGUAUCGGUCGCUUCACCUGCCCUGUCAACGGAACCUAUGUCUUCAUCUUCCACAUUCUGAAGCUCGCCAUCACCGUGCCGCUGUAUAUCAACCUCAUGCGCAACGAGGAUGUGAUGGUGUCCGCUUAUGCCAAUGAUGGAGCCCCAGAUCAUGAGACAGCCAGCAACCACGCCAUCCUGCCUCUCUUCCAAGGGGACCAAGUUUGGCUUCGUUUGCAUCGUGGUGCUAUCUAUGGCAGCACCUGGAAGUACAGCACCUUCUCUGGCUUCCUAUUGUACCAAGAAUGAACUGCUUUCAGCUGAACAGUCCUCCCAGUGAGAUGGUUGCUUUGCACUAAAUGGCGAUUAAACUGACAUUUUAGUGUUGUGGUCAGUCUACAUACAAGUGUUAUUUUGUUUUAUUUUACAAUAAAGGCCAUUCAUGACAAAGUGUCAGUGGCCAAAUUAUAUAAUCCGUAUUCCAGUUAACAAAUCCAUUUGAAAAGGGGAUUAUAUUUAUCAAAGGUACCGAUUGUCCGCUUCAGGAUGGUUGCGCUCAAUUUGAUUGCGAUACCAGUACAACUGGGCCUUGACCACAUCAUUUUGCUGUUGCACUUAAGUUGUUCAGUCAUUUGCUCACUCAUUAACCGACUGUAUGGCUGAAUUGUAUGGCUGAAUUGUAACUAUCAGAACUCCACUUGAAGCUGAACUUUACCAUUGCUGUGUGUGCAUCUGAAAGACUGAUUGGGUGGUGGGUAUAGUGUCAAACACUAAGCCAUACUGUUGUCUAGAAAGAACUGUAAAAACA